AUGGCGGCCCAGCAAUCUCAAGGCAUCCAGACCCUUCUCGAGGCAGAGAAGGAAGCCGCAAAGAUCGUUCAGCAGGCCCGCCAAUAUCGGGUUCAAAAGCUUAAGGAUGCUCGCGCAGAGGCGAGCAAAGAGAUAGAAGAGUACAAACGCGCCAAGGAGCAAGAGUUCAAGGCGUUUGAGGAUUCACACGCAGGAAACACGUCUACGACACAAGCGGCCCUCGACAAGGAAACGGACGCCAAGCUGAGAGAGAUCGACGUAGUCUACGAGAAGAAGAGGGACCAUGUUGUCAAGACGCUUCUCGAACGAGCGGUUCUAGUGCAGCCAGAGCUCCAUCGAAAUCUCAAGAAACCCACAGCCUAA